AUGUCGUUCAUUACGGUAGAUCGUCUUUUGGUUCUUUUAGACAAUCCAAUUUUACGUAAAAAAUUGUUGGAAAAGAAAAGUGUUGGAGUUCAUCCCAUUAAUCGUCGCAGGAAAAUAUACGGAGAGUUCCAUCAUUUAUUUUUUGAAUAUCUUCGUAUGUCAAUUGAGACUUACGAUUUUAUUUUAACUAAAAUUUGUCAUCGUAUUAGGAAAAAAACUACGAAUUUCAAAAAACCAAUAUCGCCGGCAGAAAGACUUUACGUUACUAUAAGGUAA